CCCUAGCCCCUCGAUGUCUCCCUCCUCUGGUCACUCUCACUAAAGCACGAGCGCUCUCAUCUCUCUCCCUGUGGUUCUUUGGAUCUCCCACAGUCGCACUCAAGCUCUCUCCCUCUCUCGUCUCCGGUCUCUCUCACUGCCUUCGGUCUCGCACUGAAGCUGGUCGUCGCACUCUGUGUGAGUCAUCACUGUCUCGCACUCAAUCGCGCUCGCGCGCCUUCCCUGCGCUCGUCAUCGCCGGCAGCAGAAGCUGCAGGUCCCGGGCUGGUCGUGGUUGUUGUCUUCUUGCUUCGAGUCUUGCCGUCAGCUUCCUCCCCGCUGUCAGCUUCCUUCCUGGAACCAGAAGCCCUAAACCCGAUUUGGGUCAAUCGGAUGAAUUCGUGAUCCACCGGUUGAACCACGAUUGGGUCAAUUAUCGGUUUGGUUUUGAUAACUAUGUAUAUACCUGGUCUGGCCUGGCCUGUGUAUACGCUUUUAUAAAUCCUUUCCUUCAAAUGCAGAAGACAGGCAGCGGCUACUCUGUGUGAAGAACAUCUCUUCGAGGAUCGCCUUUCUUCCAACCUUUUCAACCCUUUAUUAUUUAUCAGAAAGAAGAAGAAGGAUGGUUCUAUCGGAGGAGGAAAUCAACAGGCUGUAUAGAAUUAGGAAGACGGUGAUGCAGAUGCUGAGGGAUAGGGAUUACCUUGUUGGGGACUUCGAGAUCAAGAUGAGUAGAGAAGAAUUUAGAAGAAAAUAUGGCGAGAACAUGAAGAGGGAAGACCUUGUCAUCAACAAAUCCAAGAAGGAUAAUUCUUCUGACCAGAUCUAUGUCUUCUUCCCCGAAGACGCUAAGGUUGGUGUCAAGACCUUGAAGACCUACACCAAUCGAAUGAACUCCGAGAAUGUUUUCAGGGCUAUCUUGGUUUGUCAACAGAAUUUAACACCAUUUGCCCGCACUUGUAUCAGUGAAGUUGCUGCAAAAUUUCACUUGGAGGUUUUCCAGGAAGCAGAAUUGCUGAUCAACAUAAAAGAACAUGUUCUUGUCCCUGAGCAUCAAGUACUUACUGAUGCAGAGAAGAAAACUUUGAUUGAGAGAUAUACUGUGAAAGAAACUCAACUUCCUAGGAUUCAAGUUACUGAUCCUGUUGCAAGAUAUUAUGGAUUGAAGCGUGGACAAGUUGUUAAGAUAAUCCGGCCAAGUGAGACUGCAGGCAGAUAUGUUACCUACCGAUUUGUUGUAUAAGAAUUUCCUAAAACGUCCUGACUAUAUUUAUGGUACGAUAUGCCCUCUAUCGAUAGAUAUUUAUGAGAGCUUGAAGCAUGGACAAGGAUAAAGAACCGUGUUUUUCUUUUGGGUGUACUCUUUUUGCUAUCACUUAGAAGUUAUUGUUGAACCUUAGUAGUCAAACUAAGACAUUCUAUACUGCGGUGGUUAGUUUCCAAUGUUCCGCAAAACCUGUCUUUAACUGCACGAAUUCUUUUGGUUGUGCGCUCUCGGUGGAUUAUUCUGAAUAUCGGAAAA